AUGAGGCUGCUGCCAGUUGUUGUUACAGUGUCACUAACGGUGGCGCUCGCUUAUUAUGUUUACAUCCCGCUGCCAGAUGCCAUCCAGGAGCCGUGGAAGCUGAUGAUGCUGGAUGCUGGAUUCCGAACAACGAUGCACCUGGCCUCUUUAAAGUCUUGGCUGGGCUUUGACCAUUACAUCACGUCAAUCAGGCGGUCUUCAGACGGGUUUGAAGGCAUGAUGAAGGGGCUGAGUAGUUCUGAGUCUGGCGCAGGAGGGGUCAUGCCCGGAGUCAAAGUCAGCGACAUCACUUUCGCCGGCGUCCCAGUCCGUGUUUACGAGCCCCCGGCUGGAGGGGAGGGUCAUCUGAGGAGAGGGCUGAUGUUUUUUCACGGAGGAGGCUGGGCCCUCGGCAGUGCCAAGAAGGGGUCGUAUGAUACCAUCAACCAGAUGUUGUCCGACGAGCUCAACACUGUUGUGGUCUCUGUUGAGUACCGUAUGUAUCCAGAGGUGCACUUUCCAGUGCCGUAUUUAGACUGCCUUGCCGCUGCCAAGCACUUCUUGUCCCCAGAGGUUCAGGCCAGGUAUGCAGUCGACCCUGAGCGUGUGGCUGUGGCAGGUGACAGUGCUGGAGGAAACCUGGCUGCUGCGGUCGCUCAGGAGAUUUCCAUAGAUGACACUAUGAGUGUGAAAUUCAGCGUCCAGGCGUUGAUCUACCCAGUGCUCCAGGCUCUGGACUUCAACACGCCCUCCUACUUGCAGAACCAAAAUAUACCCAUCCUCUACCGGCACCUUAUGGUCCGCUUCUGGCUGCAGUACCUCGGUGCUGACCUCUCCCUGCAGUCCCAGUUGCUGGCGAACAACCACAGCUCCUUACACCUCUCAAACAUCACCCCAGAGCUGAGGGCGCGGGUAGACUGGACCGUCCUCCUGCCCCCGAAACACAAGAAGAACUACAGGCCUCUGAUUGUGGAAAAAGGUUCACAGGGGGCAGGGAAGGAGGUGCCGGGGUUGCUGGAUGUGAGGGCGUCACCACUGUUAGCAGGACCGGAGGUUUUGGCUAAAUGCCCUCGAGCAUACAUCCUAACAUGCGAAUAUGACGUGUUGAGGGAUGAUGGUCUGAUGUACGCGCGGCGCUUACAGGACGCAGGCGUCACAGUUACCCACGAGCACUAUGUCGACGGCUUCCACGGAUGUUUCACCUUUAUAACCUGGCCAAUGGAAUUUGAUGUAGGGAAGCGAGCACUCAGGGGUUACCUCAAUUGGCUGCAGAACAACUUGUGAGAGUGUGUAUGUGUGUGCAAGUGAGUGAAAGAGUCUUUAUGAGUGCAUGCAUGUGGGUGUGGGUGUUUUACUGAUAUGAAUGAACUAGUCCUUGCUUAAUGAAUCUGAGCUCUUUGCUUAAAAUACAAGCUCAGGACCCUUCUGCCCCCCUCCACACACACACACACACACACACACACACACACACACACACACACACACACACACACACACACACACACACACACACACACACACACGUGGAUAAAUGGAUAAAUGAACCAGGUGUUUCCACUGGGAGGACCACAUCAGUACACUUAUUCUUAUCCACAAACACAUGAGCAAUAUACUUCCCGUGUUAUUGGUUUUAUACUUAACUUUUAGAAUAAAACAAACAAAAAAAAUGUUUAAACUAUGUUACUCUAGCGCCACCAUUAGGUUGACAUUUGUGAUUAUGAAAUUUGGCACGCACAUUCAUGGAUCCCUCCGAUUCAUUUGUAAUAACUGUGGUUGAUCCCUUAACUUUUAAUUUCCAGGUUGAAAUUGUAAUUUGCCCACUAACUGCAAACCUGAUGCCAUUCUCAUCAGCCUCAGCUGUACAUUUUAGGUUUAGUGCUAAUUAUCAAAUGUUAGCAUGAUGACAUGCUAAACUAAGAUAGGGAACAUGGAAAACAUUAUCUGCUUAGCAUCAGCACUUUAGUAUUGUCGGUGUGGGCAUGUUAGCAUGCUGACAUUAGCAUUUAGCUCAGUACAGCCUCACAGAGCCGCUAGCAUGGCUGUCGACUCCUGUUGUAGUAAGAAAGAACAAAGUUCCCAUCAAACAUGGGACAGAUAACAUUUGUAAAUUAUAUAUUUUGAAUGGGGAAUUCAUGACCUUUCUUGUGAGCUUUUUGUGUGUUCACCGCUGUAGUAAACACUCAUCUUGUGCUCCUUGCACCACAAGAGGUGAUGUCUUUCCUGACAGAUGAUGCUUGACAAUCACUAACAAAAUGCACUAUUUACUUAAGUUUCAUUCCGUUUAUUAUUCACAGUGUUCGGGACAUUUUAUGUAUCUGAACAUGCCCUUACUAUGCAUUAAACACAGUAGCAGUCCCAAAAUGAGUAGUAUAUCAUUCUCCUUAAAAUCUGCUCUGCUGUGUCAGCUCUCUCUUAGCCUGUGAUGUUUAAUAUGUUAAACGCUAUCUAAGUUUUUUUGUCAUGUUUCCCAGAAUAAAAGCACCUGUACUGUGAGUGGAGGUUGUGUGUGACUGAAGUG